AUGGAUGAUAGAGAAGGCUCGUUCGUUGCCGUCAGGCGGAUUUCUCAGGGUCUCGAACGCGGAAGCGUUUACAAUCCCUCAUCUGCUGAGGGUGUACCUGGAUCAGCAGCUUGGUUAGGCCGGGGUCUUUCCUGUGUUUGUGCUCAGAGAAGAGAUAGUGACGCUAAUUCUACCUUUGAUCUAACACCUGCUCAGGAGGAAUGCUUGCAGAGUUUGCAGAACCGUAUUGAUGUGGCGUAUGACAGCACAAUACCUCUGCAUCAGGAAGCUCUGAGGGAUUUGUGGAAACUUGCUUUUCCUGAAGAAGAGCUUCAUGGAUUAAUAUCUGAGCAGUGGAAAGAGAUGGGUUGGCAGGGGAAAGAUCCGUCAACAGAUUUUAGGGGUGGCGGUUUCAUAUCUCUUGAAAAUUUGCUCUACUUCGCUAGGCACUUUCAGAAAUCUUUCCAGGACCUUCUGAGGAAGCAGGUUGGGGAUCGGUCUGUGUGGGAAUACCCCUUUGCUGUGGCUGGUAUCAAUAUAACAUUCAUGCUCAUCCAGAUGCUUGACCUUGAAGCAGUGAAACCACGAACAAUUGUUGGGGCAACUUUUCUGAAGUUUCUUUCUGAGAACGAAUCUGCCUUUGACCUUCUUUAUUGCAUUGCAUUCAAGCUAAUGGAUCAGCAAUGGCUUUCAAUGCGUGCCUCAUACAUGGAGUUCAACGUAAACGGUGAUGAAAUCGACAAGGAGGCAGCUGGAGAGAGAGCUGAUGCUGGAAGAUAUAACGCAUCUUGA